ACCAACAAUUGGAUAAACCCCAAGAGCUCAAAAAUCGUUUGAAAAUGGCAGUGAAGAUAAGGUUAGAGAGAUGUGGAUGCAAACACAGACCAUUUUACAGAAUUGUAGCUGCUGAUAGCAAAUGCCCCAGAGAUGGAAGGCAUCUUCAAGUUCUUGGUUUCUACGACCCCUUGGCUGCUAAAGAUGCCGAAAAACGAGUGGAGCUUAAAUACGACAGGGUGAAUUAUUGGUUAUCGGUUGGUGCGCAACCUACGGAUACUGUGAGGCGCUUUCUUCUCAAUGCAGGUUUACUGUCACCACCACCGAUGGUGAUUAUGGGAAACAAAAGCGGACCAGGUGGUAAACUUCCUGUUGAUCCUAUGACAGCAGGCGUUUAAGAUUCGGAGAAGUUUUAUCGUUCUGCUAAAAAGUUCCUGCGGCUGUUUAGUUUUCUUAUUAAUGAACAGAAGAGCAUGAACAUUGUCUGUGAUUGUUUAGAUUGAUGAUGGUCAGUGUAAAUGAACUCUUCAAAGUGUGGGAAGAUCUCACUAUGUUCAUUGCUGUAAUUUUUGUGUUGUUUGAAUGAAGUUCAGUUUUAUCUA